AUUUGUCACAACAUUGUAUGUAAAUUACAUUGUAAUGAGUCAUUUUUGAAACAGACGAGCCUUUUAAUUUAUUUGGUGAAUGUUAUUACAAGGUAUACUCAGAUAGAUUUAAAAUAAUUAUUCUUUAAAUACUUAACAAGUUUAAUACAUGUAGUUAUGUUAAAUUAUGCAAGGUCCUUGUUGAUUCAGCUAUAUUAACAUUGAUGACGUCUAUAACCUAGUUACUAGUGUAAAUCUACUCUCUCAAUGCGAAUUUGUUACUGAGUUUUUUAACUAUGUAAAUUUUGUCUAUACGUUAUAAGAUGUUCCAUCUAAAGCUCAAAGGCAGGGUAGAAAUUUAAAACCUGUCUAAAUUCUUGGGCAUUUCCUGCCAAAAUUAUAUCCUUUAUUUCGCAUGAAGACAAUAAAGAUGAAGAAUGUACCAAGAGACGCAGCCUCAUAAUAGGUAGUAAGUCAGAGGAUGGGAAAUGACAAAAUUAAAAGAACACACACACAAAAAUGAAUUUGAACAGCAGCAGAUGCUAUUUUAAAAAAGGCCAAGGAAUAUAUAUAUAUAUAAAAUAACACAAAAUAUUAUUUGAUUUUUUAGUAAAAAAAGUUGUAUAAUUGAGCCAUCAAGUUUCAUAUGUUAAAAUGGACGAUUUAUUUUGUCUCAUGGGUGCUGAAAAACAAUAAACAUAAAGAGAAAUAAUGAUUAAACGUAGUCAAUAAAUAGUUUUGUAUGUGUGUUUAAUUUAACUGUAUGAUACUUUGAUCCUCAAAGGUUAAACAAAUAAAAUAAUAUUUUAUAGUUAAAGAAGGCUGCGGGUUUUCGGACAAGGGCCCAUGAAUUGAGAGUUUAGGGCUUAGGGUUAUUAAAAAAAUAUUUAAAAACUAUUGUAGGGUUUGUACGACUAAAUCUGGUAUCAAAUGAAAGAUAAUUGAAUGGAAUAAAUUUGUGUAAAUUUAUUUCUUCAGUUUAACUAAAAGAAACUACAACAAAUGACAUCCGACUAGCAUUUAGUCAAAAUGGAACUGGAAACGCAUCGCCGCUAUUCGGAACCGAGUCACGUUAGAUUAAAUGCUAUUCCGAUGUCUUUUGUUGUAGUUUAUUUUAGUUAAACUGAAGAAGUAAGUUUGCAAACAUAAAGUCCAUUCAAUUAUCUUUCAUUUGAUACCGAAUUUCGUCUUACAACCUAACAAUAAUAUUUUUCAUUUAAAUUUUAAUCCCAACCUCUCACUUCUCAGACCAAGGUCCGAAUAGCCACUUCGGUUAAAGAAUGUGUCAAUAAAUUUACUUUUAUUUCUCAUUUAGGUGACCCAACUAUUUCUUUUCAAACGUUGUUGUUGCACAUUAAGUUUUGCAGAUUGAUAAUGUUAUCGAACACUAUAUUUAUACGAAGUGGUUAAUUGGAUACCGAAUUUGAUACCAAAAUGGACCCGGGCAGGGAUCGCCGCUAUUCGGACCCGGGUCCCUUUAGCCUAAAUGCUAUUCGCAUAUCAUUUGUCAUAGUUUAUUUAGUUAAACUCAAGAAUUUAGUUAUAGUUCAUUUGAUACCAGAUUUUGUCGUACAAACCCUACAAUAAUAUUUUUAUUACUUUUUUAAUAAACCAAACAUCUCGUUUCUGACACCGGGUCCAAAUAGCCACAGUCAUAUUUCUAUUGAUAUAAUAAAUACAUUUAUUAUUAUAAUAGGUACCAACAAAUAUUCUUGGUCUUGGAAUAGCAUUAAACCUUUUAAGUGUCACUUUUUUUUAAGCUUAGAGGAUUUAUGAUCUAUCAAUUGAUCAACUAUAAAAUGUAAGUACAUUUCAGAUUAUCAUCAUGCGUCAAAAAUGGAAGAAUUUAAAGUUCACUGCAGACUUUCUACUGAAGAUUGGAAUAUUAUUCGAACAUUUAAAAGGUAUUUUCUCCUUUCUAACAAAAUUAUUUCAAACUAGGGCAACCGUUUCAAUCAUUUGAAAGUCUCCCGAGUUAGUAUUGUAUUAUUAAUUUCAAUCAGCUAAUUGUCUAUAUUUUCCUACUUCAUUUCAUAGCAAAUGCAAUAAACAAAGAUAUGCUAGACAGGUCAUAACGUUUGCCGUGAAUAAUUAAACUGUUUCUAUCUUCAAAAAUGAAAGAACAAUUAUAGGCUUUUUGAGGACAUUGCAACUUGCAUUAGAUAAAGAUCAAUGGUUAACAAAGUUUGCUAAACAUUGCAUUAAAUAAAGGUCAGUAAAAAGUAUCUUCUGUUUAUUUAUUUGCCUUCAGAUUCUUAACACAGACAUUACACAGGUGAACACAAAAAUAAAAUAAAAGUAUUCUUGUUGUCUUGAGAUUUAGAUAAUUGUGACAAGCGCUCAUCCUUGCAGUUAAUGUCUUAGCUCACAGAAUUAAAAUAUUUUAUAAGACAUAUUAAAGAAAUUGUGCACAGUAAAAGUGAUUCGAAACAAUUCAAGGAGUGAAAGUUUUGAUAAAUUUGAGUUGACCGAUAUGAUAAGAAACAUAGAUAUUUACGAGUAAUCGUCUAAAAGGCUUAACCACGGAAUGUACUUUAGCCUGUAACCAACAUUUGCAUUUAUCAAGGAAAGGAAAUUUUAACUUCCAAAAUUUACCGAAAGCAAUAUUUUAUUAUUAUUUAAUGACAUCAUGGUUCUUCUGAGUGGAUUUUUGUCUUUCAUAUUUAUAAAUCAGUGUGUUAUAGCGUUGCAUCGCUAUUUCUAAAUGUAGCUUGAAGUUUUUUCUUUAAUUAUUGGAGACAAAAAUAUAUUAAAAUAGAUAAACUAUUAGGAUGAAAAAAACACGCUAAUUUAUUUAGUGUGCAAAAAAUAUAUUUCAUCAAAAACCUCUAUUGAUUAUUUGUUUAUUUUUUAAAAAGUUGCAAUUUUGCACUGUGAUUCCUUUUAAAUACCAGACGUUCAAGAAAAAAGUAUUUUUUAAAGUAAAAAAUCAGCUUUUAAUUGGAUUGUAGUUAGAAAGAUAUAUAAAUUAUUUCCUUAUUCAUAAAAUUAUAAACUAAGUAACUAGGCUUCUUGUUAUUAAUGGUAUUUUAUGGUUUUCAUCGUUCUAGUAGUUAUGGUAAAGACUAUGUUUUGCAUUUUUACUCAAAGGAAAGACAGUAGGCAUAUAAAAAACUCAACUCAUCAUUCAACCGACCGGGUGUCUUUGGGUUAGGAUGGCCCCCCGUCUGGUCGAGCAGACUCGGGUGGGGGCUGUCCUGACAAAGAGACAUCCUUGACGUGCCGCUCCGCGGCCCGAUACCGGGUUGGGGAGGGGUGUUUUGGGGAGGGCAUAAAGCGCGCAAUCUCGACGGCCCGCUGAUGCCAUUUCUUAAUGUAAUAUAUAGCAUCAAUGAAUAACAAUGAAUCGUUUCCCAAGUCUUAAGUUUGUUUAUGGUGUGAAGAGAUUUAUUAUAGUCACUUAAAUUUCUUUUACGAUAUACUUAUUUUAGAAGCAAAUCUUGAAAGUGUCCCCAAGCCAUAAACCUGCAAAAGAGGAGAGAGGCAAGGAAAAAUAUGAAUUUUUUCGAUCUUCUGCGGAAUUUCUCAUGCAGAUCCUACUCUCAGAAAUUAUACAAAAGUAGAUUUUUGGGGGACUAAUUCGAAUGUUUGGACCAUAACUAUGCGUCUUAAAUAGGAAAUUAGCAAAUGUUAAAAAGCACUUUUGUUUGCAUAAUUAAUACGUUGCUUUAUUCUUAAAAUUUCAUAUAUUGAGUAUUUAAAAAAAAAUUAGAGAUAUAAGAAAAUUUUAAUAAAAGAGGCCUUUUUUUAAAUCAGCAGACCAAAGAUACAUAUAAACAGUUCUAAAAUUUCAGGCACCAACUUUGUAUUGGCGAGUGUGUGUUUGUUUAAUGAAUAAUAAAUAGUUCAUUAGAAAAAAAAUAAUUAUAUGAUAGCAUAAUUUAAUUAGUUUCAAUAUAAUGUUAAUAACAAUAAAAAAGAAGAAAUUGAAAAUCAAAUCAAAAUUUUGAAAUUAGGUUUCCUUAUUUAUCCCGCAGAUAAUUAUGCCAAUCACUGCGAUCCUGCACAAGAGGGAAGCCAAUACAAUUUUAAAUUAAAUGUCAACUUAUCUGAACAUAUAGACCCAACCGAUCUGUUGAUUUUAAAUGAAGGUACCGGUACCCCAAUUGCAAAAUGUGAUGUGGUCAAGAGCUUAUGCAAACCGAAUUUUUCUAGAUUAAUUGCAGUUGGAAUCUCAAAAGAAAAAUCCAGUUACAUUUCCACACUUAAUGUAACAAUUUUUAAAAUCACGCGAGACAAAAAAUACUUGAAUGCUGAAGGAAAAUGGACUGUCAGAUCCAACAACGAAAUAGUUUCUUCCUGCUUUGUGCAUGUAUUCUGUAAGUUCAUAUAUGGUCUAUUUUGCAUACAUUACCUAUAAUUUUAUUAUUAUGUACACAAUAUGAAUGCUUUUAUCAAGUCUGCCAAAGACAAUAAAUCGGCUAAAAAGAAGAACAUACAUUCAUGAAAUAAAACAUACAUACUUUUUUUUUGUAGCUUUAAACAUAAUAAAAAUCCCCAAUUUCUAUAUCUGUGCAAAAUCGUAAAAUGUUGUUAACAGCAAAUCACGAUUUAGUGGUAUCAGUAAAAUGUUGUUCGUCAACAUUUUUAAAAAUUAAUUCUUAGUUUAUAGGUAUAUAUAAUUUUAGUAGAGACUUACUGGCACCCACAGAAACAUAAAUCAGAAAGUAUCUUUUAUAAUUAAUCCUUCAACAUUCAAACAACCAGUGGUAAUAAUUAUUACUAUUUUUAAUCAUAUUUAAAGUCAAUUUUUGUUAAAAAUUAUUUCUUUCAUUUUUCAGCCCGACCUCCCAAUGUUCGUUGCAUCAGUGAUGCAUGCAAUAAAGUCCUGCAGCUGACGUGUUUGACAUCACAAGUUUACCCAUCGAUUACCUGUGAAUUCAGUUUCAAGGUAAUCAUAUAAGCUGUAUAUUUCUAUUGUUGAUCUUUUGGGAUAUAGAUCGUCCAUUAUGAUUUCACAAAUUCGUAUUGCCUAAGUGUCUACGUUACUAUUGUUGAACUUGUCAAUUUCACGAAACAUUUUUUCGCUACGGUGUUCGUCAACUUUCUAGGUAAGAUCGUUAAAACUUAAUGUCUGUUAAAUUAAAAUUAACCAUCAGAAGGCGAUUUCAUUCUGCUAUGUUAUAUUUGAAGGAUCCACAAUAACUCGGAGGGAGCGUUGCAACGAGUCUCAGUCGAUUUUCAACUUUCAACAAGUUUGAUGCUUCUAAUCUCUUUUAAAAUCGCUAUGUCAUAUACAGCAACAUCAAAGAUGACUUGCAGACGUGCUAUUGGUUUCCAUUAAUUGGCAGUUUCAAGAUUCAGUCGUUUAUGGAUGAUCUUUAAAUGUGAAUAUGUAUUCAUACAAAUUAUACAAAUUAUAUAUAUGGUUUUGAAGGGGAUACUUUACUUGUUUCAAGGGCUACUCAAUCUACUAUUCUAAUUGUUCAGCAAAGUACUUGCACCCGCCAAUGAAACCCAGCACCUACAAAUCUCCUCAUUUCUGGAAAGCCUCAACAAAGAAAGCUGCUGCCAUUUGAUUGUAACUUCGUAACUUAAGGAAGAAAAAGUUUAAAAAUCAAUGCAAAACAUUAUAAGUAGUUUCUCUAGAAUGACCUUUAACAUCUUGAUGUCCCAAACAACAUGUUACAGAUAUGACAUUAAAGUGAUGAAAGAGGGUGUGGAGCUGGGGAGUUACGCUGGUUAAAAAUGCAUGGCGUACUGAGAAAGGCUAGAAGCAGCUUAAGGUUGACAGAGAUUUCAAAAAUUAUAGAAAUACGGCAGGCAUGGAAAUAUGUAGCUUUGCCUUUGCCCUACUGAGAGUGAAAAGGAAAACAAAAAAGACAGAACUUUAAUUAUUAAUUUAAUUUAAUUUUUUUUUAAAAUAUUAUUUUCAGGUCAGUUUCAUAAAUAUUCCACCACUUAUUUUGUCAAAGCCUUAUGAUUAAUAUUUAUAAUUUUGUUUUUAAUUUACAUAUUUAGAGAUAUAACAUGAUAUCCCUUGUGAUUAAGUAUUUGCGUUUUGAUGAAUAAUUUAUUUUAAACUUAGAACUUAACCUAUGUUAAAAGUUUAACAAAAAAUAACUUUCACUAUGAUGACAUAGAUGCUAUAAAGACAUUUUUAAAUUCCUUCAAUCUUAGGCCCCUAACUCUUAAGAAAGAUAAUGAUUCUCUUUAUUAAGACAUUUUAUAUACUUAAUAACAUUUGAAUGUUGAUUAUAUUGCUUCUUUUACUAAAAAUAUUUAUUCAAGUGCAUAAUGAACCAUUUGAAAAGCACGUUAAAAAGAGAAAACAAUAUCUGUAUUACACAUGAGAAAACAUAUUUUUUCUUUUACGUAAUGAGUUAUUUCACUGCCUUUUUUUUCCCUUUUUUUGUCUAUCAUUCUACAGAACACCUCCAACGUUUCAAAACAGAAAAUACUUUACAGUCAUAUCAAGUUGCCAGGAAAAGUUACAUAUUUUCUAUCCAUGUGUUUCUCAAAAUUUCCAAUAACACAUAAAUUUCAAGGUGUAGGAAAUGUCAUCAUUCAUCCAGAUAUUGAAGGACAUGGAAAGGCAAAUACAUUUUUUAUGAACGAAACACUGCCUAUAGGUCUGUUCAUUUGGUUGCUUUUUCUUCGACAUAAGAGCAUUUUUUAAAUGCUGUAUCAAGUAUUUUUUCAAUAGUUUAUAUUGUUUUGUUUUUUCUAAUAUUAUUUUUAGUUUUAAAAACAAAGUUAUUAUAAAAAUGCCAGUCAUUUCCAUAUUGCUAUAGUAAACGAAGACAUUAAUAUAGAGCAGUCGAAAUCUUAAUAUUAUAAUACAACAAUUUAUUUAAGGAUAUCAGUAGAUACCAAGGGUUUCUUUCCCAAAAUGAUACUUUUAUAUUUUUGCUAAGAGAACAUUGUAAAUAAAGCAAUUAAUUAAUGUACAUAUGAAAAUUAAUUCUUAAUCGACCUCAUUAACAAGUUAGAUAAUUACUACAUGAUUUUAAAAAAAUGUAAUUUAAUACUUGUGUAUUAUAUAAAAACUAGAGAAUAUAAGCCGUGGUUACUUGUGUAACAAUGAAAAAUAAAAGGCAUGUUCCAUACUUGUGCAAGGUUUAGCAUCGAAAAGCCAAAUGUAUAAGUAUGUAACUAAAUGGAAACUAGUUGUAUCCUAACUUCAAGAUAAAAUAUAUAUAUAUAUAACAAAUAUGUAUAAAGACCUUAUCCAUAUGUAUAUUUAUGAGGUUGUAAACCAGUUUGUAAGAACAAGCUGUGUAUCUACGUAUAGAUAUUUUCGUUUCUAACAUCAGUUUUAAUAUACAAUCUUAUAUAGGCGUACAAAAAUAAAAAAUAAAAUUCACGCCCCUCAUCCAUAAAGAAUACGUUUUCAAAAUGUUUAAGCUAUGUCCAUUUUUUUUAAAUCCAUAAAGUAAACAUCUCAGCUUGAUAUAUUUAUUUCAUUAAAAAUAUAAUAAGCCAAUUAAAUUGUUCCUAAACUAUACUAAUGGAAUUCUUUCGGAAAAUACAGAAUUCUUAUAUAUACUGAAAAAUAUAUUUACCAAAGUUCACGUCUCUGACAUCAGUAUGUUUUUUGAAAUAUGAUUAAUCUCAUAAAAUAUACGCAAAUUUUGCACAGAAUGUAAACACCAGGAAAUUUCAUGUUCAAGCGCCCUGAAAAUAUUUUCGGUAAAUGGAAAAACAAGUAUGACUUUAUCUUUAAAGAUUACAUUUUAACUUUCUUUUUUUAAAAUAUUAUUAUCCGCAUUCACGAUGUUUCAACUCACUUUCUUACGCCAUUGAAGUAUAUAUUUUUUUCUACAAAUAUUUUCAAAAAGUUUUAAGGCUUUAGCAUACUAUUACUUGUGGAAAGAUGUCUAAAGUCUCUAAAAGCCAUUGACCUGUAUUUUCGAAUAGUAUUGUGCCAAUUUAGUAACUUAUGUCCGCAACCUAGCUUUCAAAGGGUUAGUUAACGGGAGCUGCCGUCUUUGAGUUUAUAACCACACGUAACAAGUCGUUCAUCUGGCGGUCAGCUAUAUCACAUUUCAAUUGGAUUUCAACAAGAUACUUUGAGUUUUUAUCCCAAAAUAAGACCCAUAGCAUUAUGCAAAUAGAUUUAGCUUCACAGAUUUGUUUGUCAGUAAUUGUAAUAAAUAUGAAAAUUUUUCAGAGAUAUAAAACUAUUGGUAAGUUAAGCCUUAAAUAGGGCUCAGGGUUUGAUCGAGAGACUUGAACUUCCACAGUAGACUUUUUUUCCACAAUGCUAACUACAAUAUCUCUCUGAUUUCUUAAUCUCUUGUCUUCACAGUAUAGGAAAUGUACUUAUUUCUAAUCCCGCAAAUAUUUUAGUCUUUUACAAUUUUAAUAUUUUUCAGAUACAGGUUUGGAAAAUUGUGAGAAAAGAAUGCCAGUACCGUACCACUUGAAGUUCCAUUGCUCAUUUCAUUCAUAUUUUGACGAAUCAGAGGUUGUUGUCGAGGCAGCUAAUUUAACAGUAAUUUCAUGCAAUAUUAGCUCUAACAAGUGCAAAAAUUUGUCAAAAAAAAUGUUAAAUAUUACUUACAACCAUCUGACAGCUCACAAAGUAUGGUUAGAGAUAGACAUCUACGAUAUUUCCAAAGACGACAUUUUAAAUACAAUAGGAAACUGGACCAUCGUGUAUGAUUCUUUCGUUGUAUGCUCAAAAAAAUUAAACGGAUACGGUAAGUUGCAAUUGAUGAAAACUAUGAUAUAUUGUUUUAUUUAAUCUAAAUGACAGCUUUCAGGUUGAAAUAUUGUGUUAUUUUCGAGCUUCGUGUUUGAACACCUCCUCCCUCUUUGUUCAGGGAGGCCCGCACUCCAAAAGUCAUAAACAGAGAUGCCUUUAAGCAUAGCCUGAGUUAAGUGUCUCCCGCCCCUCUGCUUUACUUUGGAAACACCAGACCAUGCAUUGCGCUGUGCGCUUGACCAGCACGCCCCCGUCACCCACCGCAAUGUUACGUCAGCGCGGUCAGCUCUUUGGCAUGUGACCAUAAUGGAAAAACUACGCAGUGCCUAGAAAGAGGGGCGUAGGGCAGAAAAUAAGUGGUUGAUGUGGGUUCUCGCUGUUUUUAAGCAGAUCUAUUCAGCUGCCAAGAAGCGUGUCACUCAGAUUGUUAAUAUGUGCUAAGAUUUUGUAUUUUAGUAAACUGAUACUUAUGGCUAAAACCAGAAGGCACGUAUCCAGCGUCUGUAGUCACUUUAUAGGAAGUAACAAAGAAACUUCCCUUCCUGCAGUGUAUCCGUUGCCCCGGCAACCAGAUAUUUUUUUGGAAUUUCUUCACAAGCAAAAUCGCUGAAUUUCAUGCUGAACUUGAUCGUCGUGACCGCCUCCUAGAUUUGCCUCCCCUUUUUCUCGUGUCAGCUUACAUUUCGAUGGUUUUAUUCCUGUUUCAGGACAAGAGGUAACAAGUAAUAUUCUAAAAUCUAAACCUACGUCAUGUUCUUUGGACCCUAUCUCUACCCCGUGAUGGCUGAGUCUUUCUAUCAAUUACUCCCAGCGUUAACUCGCAUGGUCCAAAAAAGCUUGUCUCCUGGCACUGCUCUCUCUCUCUCCCCCCCCUCUCUCUCUCUCUCUCUCUCUCUCUCUCUCUCUCUUUGUAACUCAGCUGUCAUCAGACCUUUCCUUAUGAAGCCUGGUCUGGAUUAAAAUAUUUUUUUUUAAAAAUAUGAACCUGUAUCUAACUUAUCAUUUUUAUCAAAAGUCAUUACAAAAAUUAAUUCAAAUACAAAAAACACAAAUGUGUGUGUACUUUAACGACCACUCUCUGCUUAGUCCUAUUCAGUCGGCCUAUAGAUAUUUUCCCAUCACACAGUUAGCUCUCUUGAGAGUCAGCAGUGCUCUCUAGCUUGCAAUUUGUUCAGGUACUUAAAUUGGUCAUGCACGUAAUCAAUUGUUACCGAAGAUUUGAUUAUGUUUGAUGAGCUGGUUAUGUCUUAAGGUUAAGAUUUAAAUAAAAUUCCAUGAUUUAUGGCGUAUGUUAAUUUAAUUUUAGAAUUUAACCUUAAGAAAACUGAGUAAUUUGUCUUACAACAAAAUAAUGAUUAAAUUUGUAUUCCCAUUUUUUUAAGGCGAUGAAAAAAGCUGGCCAUUUGUGAUUUUGUUUCUAUUAUUUCCAUGUUUUGUGAUAUUUUAUCGGAAAUACUUAAUUUCGUAAUAAAUCACCUGUAAAUAAUAUAUUAUAUUGCAAUAGUUUACUAGGCUCAUCUAAAAGGUUUAAAAAGAAAGAAAACAGUAACACUAAAGAUUACCGAUUAGUGCAACAUUACUAUUUUGACUGUUACACCUCAUUUUGUAAUAGCAAUCAUUGCUUACAGCGCCAUCGGUUAAAACACAAAAACAAUUACCGCAUUCAGCCGCGGCACGGUUUGCAUGUUACAGUCCGCAUAGUGGUUGAUCAGCUCUGUUACAGCACACUGUAUCCGACAGACGUGUUUGCCUUCUUUUUUUUUUUAGAAGGGUUUAUAUAAAGAAAAAAAAAUGUGAUUUGCACAUUACCAAAAAAUACCGAUCUACUACAGCCUUAACAUUAGAGAUCAAAUUAAAAAGUAUUCUUUAUUUGGUGUGGUGAAAAACCACCAAUUUGAAUCUCAUGGCCAAACUUUUUAAAAAAUAUUAAAACUGGAAAACAUUGGCAUCAUCAUAUUUUCAAAAUCAUUUGAUCACAUUCUACGGUAAACUCACAUAUAAAAUAUGCUGAGAUCCCAGCUUUCAAAUUAACACUUGAAAAGUAAUUGGUUUUAUUUCUCUAUUGUGUUUUACGCCUACUGCAAACAAGGUAAAAAAAAAUGUUUGUUUUAAAUUAGAAUUUUGGAGUUUUAAUGCUAUAGAGUGAGUUGAGAUUUCGGCAUUCAUAUGUUAGUCGGUACAACCUGCGGUUUUUUCUACGUAGAUGCCUUGCUCCGAACAUUAGCGAGUAAUGCAAAGUUACACGUGCCAUUUCUUUUCAGUUACUUGGUUACAACGUGUUAUGCAGUUAUUCUCGCUAAAUUGCUAAUCAUUCAUACAAAGAUGUAUACAAUCAAUUCUAGAGGUAUUCACUUGUAAAUAUUCAAUUGUAGCGUUUAUGUCUAAAUAAAAAUGUGUUCAAUCCACAGGAAGAACUUCAUCACAAAUCGCACCGGAACAACUCGAAAAACUGUAUUUGAGACUUUCAGACAGUGCUCCGACUCAAGGUAACCUGAUAUUAAUAUUAUUUUAAAAAUAGAUACAAUAAUGUUUAAAAAAUUGAGCAAUUUAGGCUUAAUGUCCUCGACUUAAAGACUCAGGAGUCAAUGAUACUGGAUGAAUUUAAUGUUUUUCGUUCUGAUAGAUCGACUGACAGCGAAAAAUCUAAGGGAGGUAUUUUUAAUAUUUUUAUGUCAACUAAAAAAUUGCUGAAACAUGAACAACACUACAAUGAAACACAUGGUCUGUACACCCGACAUUGAGCUUCUGUGGGUAACCUUAAGACCAUAUUGUCUACCGAGGGAGUUCACCAAUAACUGCAUUGUCCUCAUUUACAAUAAACCUAGAGCUAACAAAUAGCAAGCAACUGACAGACACUUGAAUAAUAUGCAUGAUUUUAAAUAAACAAAAUUAAGACUCGUUUUGUUAUGAGAUAAGGUAAAGUAACAACUUGUUGCUAGAUAAUUCCAUACUAACAUUGACAUAACCACGUGCAACAGUUUAAAAAAAACCACAACUAAAAAAUACAAUUUUUUAGAAGUUAACAAAGAGAUUAGGUUAGUUACUGUUCCAUAUUAAGAAUACAUCGGUAGGUCAUUAAUAACUAUUGCACAAACGUUUAAGACUAUUUCUUUUCACGAUUGGACAAUAUGCAUAUUACUUAAAUGUCAAUAAAAAAUAAUCCAUUGUUUAAACAAGGAAACUCUCAAUACCUCGUAUCAAACUCCAAUAAAAAUAGCCACUCGCUUUAUUUUAAAUCUGCAUACAGCUUUAAACUAGCAUUACAAUAAAAAACAUUCUAUACUUAUUUAUAAUAAUUAUUACACCUAUAAUUCUUUUAAGAAAGAUAUUGUUCUAAGAAAGAUGACACAAUUAAAUUUUAGAUGAUGUGUAUAUAGUUUACUUUUUAGUUUAUAAUACGCGUCUGCAGAAUGCAGGGCAAAUAUGAUUUACUGCAAUAUAUCAAAUAGUGAUUUUAUAAACAAAUACAAAUUAAAAAAGUAAUAACUUUUUUUUUAAAAUAGAUUAGUCAUUUAAUUUUAAAUUUUAAAAAUGCAACACAUUCUAUGCCAUUGGGAAAAUGACCUUCUAUAGGAAGGGACAUAUUUACACUUUGAAGAUUGUUAACAAACGUCUCAUAAUCUUCAGUUUCUAAUUAAUGACCCCAAAAGAAUAUAUUUAAAUCCAAUAUUUUAUAAAAUUACGAAACCAAUUUUUAAAAAUAAGUAUUUUCCAUUCUAAAAUUGCUAUUUAAUCGAGAUUCAUAAUGCACUUCUCGAGGUUCGUACACUUUGAAAAGUACAUGUUCUUGUAAGCGUGUUAAUGUCUUGAAACGUUUAAUCGCUUUUAUAUUGGUUAGAAAUCAAUGGGCUUUAAACCGUUCAUUCUCUUAACGAUGUUCAUGAGCUUUGAAAUGAGCAUAUGUUUUGAGACGCUCCUGUGUUUGGAGACGUUCGUGUGGUUUGAGACGUUGAAUUUUUUUUAAGAGGCACAGUAAUCUAACCGGACAAGCAAUGUGGGACACCUUGUAACACGGAAAGCAAAUGAACAAUACAAAACUUAAUGUAGCUCUUUUCCCGCAAAAUAUUAUUUAGCUUCAAAUUUAUUAAUCAAUGUUUUUAUUAUUUUCAUUUUUGGGAAACUAUUGUGAUUUAUACGGGAGAGAUAUGGUAUAGUACACAUUUAAUACGAAUAAUUUUACACAUAACGAAUUUGUUUCGCAUUAAAAUAUUGCAUAUAGUUUAUUAGCCUCUCAAAAGGUAUUCUGAAGAUCAUGCAAUUCAACAUUAAAGGUAUAUUCCUGUCAUAAAAUGAACAAGACCUAUUCUAAUCUAAGUCUGGCAGAUGAUGCGUUGCUCAGUUCGUAGGCCUAACUCUCUAGUCCUUUUCUAUGUGUUCCAAUGGCCAGAUAACUAGAAAUAGAUCAGGAUGCAGUAGAUAACCAGCAGUUUUCUUUGUGUCUCAAUGUGCUCUUUAUGCUUUCCACGUCCCAAGGCUUGGCGGAAUUUUCAUUUUGUCAAUGUCAUACCGCCCUACGGUAUUCCAUCUGCGGGUUUCAUUCUCUUAUAAGACUCAGUAUUCAAGGUCUACGAGUCCCAUCCGCUUGGAUGAAAAGUGCACUCUCGUGGGUAUUGCUAUACAAAUAGCGAUGUCCUUCUUUUCUCGAGCUCUUACUACGAUAUGGCACUUUUACAUCUAGAUCUAAAUUUUACUUUUUCAAAUUCCUUAAAUGAUAACAAACAUGGUGUCUCUUUUGUCAGUUGUGUCAACACAUGUCAUUAUAGAGCUGUUCGCCAGCUGGAUCCUAUACUCCUUUAACCCUCCAGAUAACAAGGGUCUCAUUCACCUCGGAGUGUCACUAAAUUAGGAAAAUACAAAUUUGAAAAAUGUUACAAACUCUAAGGUGAAGGCAGAGUGAAUUAACCCAUCAGUAAAUACAAUGAGGUUGAGACAGCGGUACUCAAUAAAAUUAAUAGCUACUCCUGCUGCACACCUUGCACCUAGUUGUAAAGACCAUACGAGACCAUACGAGACCAUACAAGACCAUACGUGACCAUAUAUAGUUAUCUUUUUAACCUCCACACAAAAUCCUUCCUUACCUCCCGAGGAAAUUCCCAGCAAAACAAAAUACUAGUUGCCUUCUAUGAUUAUUCUUAUUUCAUGUUAAUUGCUGUGUUAACUUAACCAAUGGUUUAUUUAUUUUUAUUUUUUUUUUAAAGUAUUUUUUCUAUUCUUAGAAAAUAACUUAUAAUUUCAUGGCGUAAGUCUGCCUUUAAAUAAGAUAAGUUAGAAACAUAAUUGUGGAAUAGAUCAUAACAAAACGGAAUUUUGCUCGAAAUGCAUUUCACUUUUUUUUUGUUACACAUAUUAAUUAAUAACGAUAGAAUAAUCACUCUAAAUAAUGAAAUCUUUAAAAAAAAAAGACAUUUUCAACGUUGAAAGAUAUAUUUAAAAGUUGAUAAAUAUAUUCAAUUUAAAAAAAAAAAAGCAACAUCGACAAGGAAAGUUAACGUGCUGUGGAUUCAAAUUGUAGGGAUAUUAUUAGAUGUAUAGUAUGUACGUUUUUCUUUUUUAAUUUGUAAGACUUGGGUUGGACCAUCUGAUCUGUGGAUAAUCUGAAUUGUAUGGGUAAGUGACAUAUGAACUUAGACAAAAUUGAUAGGAUUUUAUUUUGAACAAAAAAUAAUCUUAAUAUCUCUUAUCAUCGCAAUAAAUACAAUGAUGGAUGUACAACUAUGAAGGAAAAUUUCAAUGAUUCGUUUGAAAAAUCACAGUAAAAUAAUUUUACUCUACUCAUUAAAAAAUAUUUAAAUGCCUAAUUCAUUUCCGGUUUUAAAUAAUGAUACGUCACUGCAAACUUUUUAUUUCACGCCCAUGAACUCUAUAAAUAUAGCCGACCCGCGGCUUAGCAUACGCCGCGAGCUUGUUUGGGUGUGCUCAUGGCUUUGCAAGCGAGGGUAGUGCACGAGGGGUGGGCGGUAGCUCCAUCGCAGUGCGCAUGCCUCAUGUCCAACGAUAGGCAGGCAGGAAAAGGAAAGGGAGGUUUGGCCUGAAUCUUGCUGGCUAGCUCUGGCGUGUUUUCUAUAUAUAGCCUGCGUCGUUGUCUUCUUUGUCUUCAUGCCCUUGUUUUUCUGGCAUAUUAUAUGUAUAGAUGAGAGUGUAAAUGAUGACACACAAUUUAGAAGGAUUAAAUGUGUUCAAAUGUUCCCCCAUUCGAGAGCAUAUACAUUUCAAUCUCAAAGAGACCAAAGUUUUCCGGUAAAAUCUCAUUGAGUCCUUCUUUUGGGAAACAUUUUGUAUGCAGUGCAAUAGACAUUCUACUAGGGUUCUCUCUGUUUUGUCUUGUGAUUUUUCAGGUUUUUCCAAAUUCUGUAUGUUCUUUUUCAUAUUUUGUUUUGGAAACAGUUAUUCAUGUUAUUGCUGUAUUAAUAUUUUAUUUUUACUUAAAUACAACUAUUUGUGUUAUAACAUUCCCAGUGUAUUUUAUUUUAACAUACCUUUUAACCUGAUGAAGUAACACAAUGCACAAGAAGUAAUCUCGAACAUUUAACAAAUUGUUAGACAUAUAUUUUCAUCAUAAUUUUUUUAUAUUUUUUUUCAGGCAAAAGCAAAGGCUGUUCUCAAGAUUAUACACUGUUGAAGACUUUGGUAAUUUUUAUUUUCAUUGUAAACUUUUUGUAAUAGCAAUUAGUUGUUACACUUUAUAUAUAUUUUGUUAGGUAAAUAAGUUAUUGUAUAUAACAUAUUGUUUAUAUUAUAUAUUUUAAUAACUUUACAAAUAAUUAUCAAUAUUAGAUCAUUGACAUCUGUUAUUAAAGUAUCACAUUAAACAUGUCAAAAAUCCUUCAUUGCUUUACUUAUGUAAAUAUAUUGCAACGUUUUUUAGUUUGUUUUACCAAAAGCUUUUUAAGAACAAACUAUCAAUAAAUUAUGUUUACGGUUUCCUAUAACAUUUAAUGAAAAUGAAAUGUUUCUUUGCGUCCUGUUUUUUUUUAUUCAAGUAACAAUGAACUUGAUAAACAUGCUGUUAGUGUUUCUUGUCGUAAAAAAGCAACAUUAGUGUGGACUUUGGUCAAGACAAGAAUUAGCCACAAAAGUACUAAGGCUCAACCGUCCUCUAGUAGAACAUACGGCCAUGUUGUUAACAAACAUAAAAAAAGAGAACCAACAAAGACAAUUUGGCACACGAAUGAAGCGUAGAUCUCGUGGAAGUAAAGAAGGAGGGAAAUAAAAGUGAAAAGCAGAACAAGAGGACAGCUAAUUCUUCUUCUUUCCUUUGUUUAUGAAACGUUAGAUCAUUUGUCAAUAAAACUUAUUAGCUUGAUUGUUGCUGUUAUCAUUUCAGCGAAUUUCAUGAAAUCUCAUUUAAAAAAACAUAACAGAAACAUGGCUUAACGAAAAAGUAUGGGAUUCCUAUGGAAUAGAAAUGGAUGAAUUUAACUUAUUUGUUCUGAUAAAUUGACUGACAACGUCAAAUCCAUGGGAGGUUUGGCGAUAUAUUUUGUUACCAAAAUUACAGUAAAAUAAAAAAAUACAAGAAAGAAACAUGUGGUAUGUACACCCAACUUUAAGCUGCUAUGUAUCACCUUAAGGCCAAGGGAGUUCACAAUAAACAUAAAGCUAACAAGGAACAGGCCAGUCACAGACUCUUGGAUAAUGUUAACUAUUUAAAAACGAAUAAAUGCUGACUUUGAUUUCGUUUGAAGAAAUUUAGUGAAAACUUGUUUUUCUUUAUCUUCACAAUAAUAAUAACGCACAAAAAGAAACGCAAUAAAAACAACAGAUAUUUGGGUCUUCAAGAGAAAAUUUGAUUAUGCUUUUAUGAAAUAAUUCUUUGAUUUAUAUUAUUGAUACAAAAAUAUCAUAACUUUCACAUUCAGAUAAAAUGCUUAAAAUUGUUUUUAAUUGCUAUUUUAAUGGUAUUUGCAAUUUAUAAUAAUAAUUCAUAAACAUAUAUUAAAGUAAAAACCGCAUUUUUAUUAUUUUUUAUUUUGCAUUUAAAUUUAUUUCGUUUUGCAUAAAAUUAUAGAAAAAAACAUAAUCAUGGUUUUUGUUUAUUCCGAAGGUAUUUAAAUUAAUUGGUUUCUUUUGUUAUUUACUGUCAGCCUAGUUUAUUCUCAUACUUAUGUGUGUGUUUAUAUAUAUAUAUAUUAUAAUAAAAUAGUUUUUAUAAUAGACAAUCAUCAGUAGACAUUGUGAAGCGGACGACGUCUUUAUGUCAUACUUCCCCGUGCUGUGAACUCUAGCUGACCCAAAGUUUGGCUGCGCUAUUAUCAGGGUAUAUCCUAAUAAUGUUAGUCUCCCUUUCACCUCGGCUAAAAUUAACAAAUCUAUGACCUGUUUCAUGAUUCGAGUAUUGUAGAAUAUUGUAGAAGGUUUCAGACAGGAUUACAUGGGUAUUUUGUUCUCAAAUUGUCUAAAGGUUUAGGUCCGUCUAUGACCUGUGAUGCACCCUCCUUGCCCUGCCUCAUUUUCUGUCUCGGAUUAAUUCUGUAGUAUAGGCCAAAACGUGCCAAAGUGUCCUCUUUUUAUAGCCAUUUUAAUUGUUUCUAUAGUAUAGUAGUUACUAUGCUAGUGUCUCAUUUUUAUUUUACUUAGUUUAUAUGUUUUUAAUAAUUGUAAAGCGCUUAGAGGUUUACGGUAAGCGCUAUAUAAAAAUGCCUAAAUAAAGAAAGAAAGAAAGAAAGAAACAGGCUAUACCGGUAUAUAAAGCUGAGGAAUUGAACGAAAGACGACAGAGUCAGAGACGAGAGUAUCGUCUUUUGUUGUGUAUUGUUUUAGAACGAGCCAUAUAUUCAAUUAAAUCAGGAAUUAGUCUAUCCAUACUGAUAGCAGUAAAGUAACAACACACUCAAUGUAGCAAAGAUGACCGAAGAAAAGUGAAUAUAUGUGUGUAUGGGGAAGAUUGAAAUUAAAAGUUAUUUUACUUCCUUGUGAAUUUGAAAAUUAAGAUACAUACUUUCAACAACGCUAUUAAAAGUGUCAAGUGUGUUAUUUUUAAACACAUCUCCGUUGGACACUAAGGAGGAAGCCUAUUCUUUAAAAUGGAAAUGAUGAAUCCAAAACAGCUAUUUAGCCAACUUAGCACAUGCAGUGCACUUUAUUUGAAUAGUUCAAAUUCUUGUUUCGUGUGUGGUUCAUGAUACACUCUUUUAAUAUGUGUUAUAGCAAACAAACAAAAUAUGGUUAAUUAAAAAUUUAGUGGGUUUUUUUUUUAUUAUAAAACUUUAUUUAUAUGAUAAUAUUUUUUUUAGAUUUCGAAAUAUACAUGUCAAUGAAAGGUUUAACAGUGCAGCAAUUUCCAUGAUUUAAAUAAAAAGCUAAAUUUAAAAGCAAUGUAAAUUAAUUUUAAAAUUUCAACGUUUCUAUUGACUAAAGCUUAGAUUAAUUGCCUACUUAUUAUUACAGAUAUCGUAAGAGUAACUCAAUUCCUUUCUUUUGUAACCAAAAGAAGAAUGAAGUGGAACAUUCGUAUUAUUUUAAUGGUGUUGAUCACUACUACUGGUAAAAUAAGUUUUCGUCGUUUUUUUUCGUACAUGUACUUAAGAUUUAAAAUUAAAUGUGUUCGUAAAAUUUUUGUUGUUGCUUGCUUGAUAUAUUCAUUUAUUUUUUUUUUAAAAUCUUUUCGAUGCUGAAAAGAAAAUGAAUAGUCAUUAAGAUGGCUAUACAGACAGAUGUAUAGAAAGAUAGAUAGAUAAAUAAAUAGAUAGAUAGAUAGAUGGAUAGAUAGAUAGAUCGAUAGAUAGAUAGAUAGAUAGAUAGAUAGAUAGAUAGAUAGAUAGAUAGAUAGAUAGAUAGAUAGAUAGAUAGAUAGAUAGAUAGAUAGAUAGAUAGAUAGAUAGAUAGAUAGAUAGAUAGAUAGAUAGAUAGAUAGAUAGAUAGAUAGAUAGAUAGAUAGACAGACAGACAGACAGACAGACAGACAGACAGACAGACAGACGGACAGACGGAUGGACGGACGGAUGAAUGGAUGGAUGGAUGGAUGGAUGGAUGGAUGGAUGGAUGGAUGGAUAGAUGGAUGUAUGGAUGGAUGGAUGGAUGGAUUGAUGGGUGGAUAGAUAGACUAAAAAGAGGGGUUAAGACAUGGAUUAACACAUUUUAUUUCUUAUGCACGUUGAGCAUUGUGUUAACAGAGACGUCAAAGAUGUUGCACCAUAAGUCAAUACCUUACAUCGACAAUUAAAAGCAUUUACUUGGAAAAUAGGAGAUAAAAAGUUUCAAGUUAAGACAUCUAAAGGGAGGUUAAUAUUAAAAUACAUCGUCAUGAUUUCAAACAAUAAUUAUACAACCCCUUAAAACGAACAUUUUUGUACAAAUCCUUCAUACGUAUUUUUGUGCAACUUAGUGAUGGCUAUCGUUUUUAAGAAAUCAAAGAAUCACAUUUCCUUCUUUUUUAUUCAUGUAAAAACAAGAAAAUCCUGAUUUUGUCGAGUAAGGGGAGGAGCUGAAAAUUUGGCAGAAUGUAUUGUGAUCGGGAAUAAGUCUAUCUUCCAAGCUUCAGUGCGAUACAAAGACGGGAAGUGGGUCUUUUAGUAUUUCAAACAUUUUGCAACAAACACGCGAAUACAUGAACAAUAGCUAGGUUAAUAUUAAGCAUUUAAUGAGUUCGAUUCAUAUAGUGAGUUGUAUUGAUUAGUUUUUGCUUCUGUUAUAUUUGUCGCAGUCUAAGUUUCGACUAAUAAGUUUAUUACGGUAAACAUUAUUUCAUGAAAAUUAUUUUUCAUGUCUUCUAGUCAGUCAAGAUAUACAAAUACUUCCAUACAGCCAAAAUGACAGCCUUACAAAAUGUACAAAUGGACUACUAGCUGGAGAGGAUAUAAUUGUUUUUAAAAGUCUGCUUGACUUUUCUGAUGACCUAGAUUUGAGCACAGUUUAUUUUCAAACUAGAAAAGAAUCAAAUUACCGUCAUGUAAGUUUAAAUAACUGCAAGAGGUAUGACCAAUGAGCCACUAAAUAUUAUAUUUAACUGUGUUCCAAAAACUAAUUUUAAGCACACCAAACUUCCUUUCACUAUUUUCUUCCCUAAAAAUUAUUUCUAAUGAACUGAAAUUAUCAUCUUUUUUUUAUUUUACUGGAUACAUAAAAAAAUCAUAUCAAACCCUAUGUAAUAACUGAAGUAGCAGUAUGAAGUGUUUUUUUUUAUUACAUACGGUUCGUAUUAUAGUGUGUGAAGAAGCAGCGUCAUUAAGAUAACGAUAAGGUUAACGUCUCGGCCCAUCUUCCUUUAAAUGCCAUAGCCAAAUAUACUUUCAGACAUUUUUUAAAGCGAUAAUAGCUAAUACAAUAUCGUUAAAUUAUAAAACAAUUUUUUAAAUGGCCAUUUAAAAAAAAAAUAUUUAAAAAAAAAGAUUUUUUUUUUCAGCUCUGUUUGGUCAACAUAAAAGAAAAUUGCAACUUAAAUCGAAAAAAAUGUGCAUGUAGGAAAUCUAACGAACACAUUCUGGAAAUUACAAUAAGGCUCAAUGCUUCAGUUUCAUACAGUGGCGCCUGGUUACGUGGAGUCGCUAUCCGAUCGUCUGAUAACUUACAAAAAUAUGGUCAGGAGCAGAUGUUCCCUAACAUAUACGGUAUGUCUUGUUAUACACUUAAAUUAAAUAACAGUUAACUUAGGAAGUUUUUCUUUAUUGUCAAUGUUAAUUUUAGAAGAUAAGGAUAUUAAACAUGGACAAAAUAUAAAUCUUUUACAAAUGAUUUUUUUCUAAAAUUGCAUUUUCAAUUGCAUUUUCAAUGAAAUAUAUAUUUUUAAUAAAAUGAAAGGAACAAAAUUAUAUUAAAUAGUCUCUAUGCGUAGACUGUAAUGGAUUAUGGGCAUUUGCCCAAACAAUAAUCUGAUAUAAUGAUGUUUUUUUAAUGUCACUAAUAGAUAGAAACCGCACCACUGGUCAUGUCUUUAUCAAUGGCAAACAGCAGGACACCAUCAGAAACCAUUGCGAGGAAUACAUUAGUGGACCGGAUUUGAACUUCACAUUUGUCUGUAUUGGGGAACUAUCUCCAUGUUUGAUAAUGAUCUCAGCAAAUGACUCAACGGAAGACAUACAAGGGAGAGAAUUAGCUUCUUUUUACAGCGUAUACAACAAAUCACAGGAAAUCAAUGUAAAUGUUAAGUAUGCAGCCUGCAGCUUGGAAGGAUUCUAUCAUGCUGUCAGCUGCAAGAUUAACAUAGGUGAGUGGAAUUGUUCAAACCAAAGCAUUGAAUAAUGUAUACAAAAUCAAUUUAAAGUGGUCAAUUAAUAAUAUUUAAAAAUGGCCGGAAUAUAAAAUGUUUUAAUUGUGGAGUAUAAAGGAUGAGGAAAAACUAGGUCAACACUAUAAUUUACCGUAUUAUACUAAUUUAUUUCCAGCAAGAGUUGACAAUUUCAGGUGUCAUAAUGAGAUAUCUACAGACAAAAUCAUUCUAAAAUGCAGUGCGAUUGUUUUUUCAAACAUGAAUUGUAAAUACUUCAUUAACAAACAUGACGUAGGUAUUUUAGAAAAUCUAACUCUUUUCAUAAUAUUUUACACUUUGUAUUAUUAUUAUGCUUAUAAUUUAUGUUACAUUUAAAACAAAAAAGUAAACGUAGAGAAAAGUGAAACGCAAACUUAAAAUUAGAAUGAAUAGGGAAACUAGACUUAAAUAAAAUUCAUAUUAGGAUUUUUUAAAAUGAUAUUUUAAUUCUUUGACGCAAAACUGUGUAGACAUAUCUAUAGCAGUUACAUAACAUUACAAAUGAAACACACAAUGUCUUUUCCAAUUUUUUUUUAACCAGAUAAGAGAUGUUUUACCCAAUGUCAAGGUGACUCCAAACAUGGAAAGAAUACAAUGGACGCCAUCCGCUCAAACAGCAAACUGUGGCUUUAACCUGUUAAAGACCGACGUCAGACCCGGCCUUUAUGACGUGGUGGUGGUCAUGCAACCUUCUGUGGACACUUAUGACGACGAUAUUAAACUAGGAACAAACGCAAACAUUUCUAUUCCAAUAAGUAAAUAAAUAACGUUUUUUUAAAUGGAAGUUUAUAACGUGUCAUACGUGAUAAAGGGCUUUCCUAACAACUGAUAACAAGAAUCUCAUAUGCAUUUUAAAGUUAUUUUGACAGACCGAAAGUCAGGGUUAUUUGAAUUUCCAUAACAAUUUUAUAUUGUAUUUAAAUAUCGUAAGAUUGUGAGCCUUAAUUUAAACGUUUGUCAAUAUUUUCGAUGUACAAAGAAAGCUUUAGAAAUAGUGACAACAAUAGCAAAAAUAUAGUUUGAGUUUUAUGGACUUGUCUCUGGUACGCACAAUAUUCAUUUAUAACAUUGAUAGUAAUAAACUAUGAACAAAACAUAAAAUAUAAAACAUACAUAUAGAGUUAUUGAAUAAAAUGUAGUUUAUGGAAUGGUAUCUGCUACGCUCAAUUUGCAUCUUUAUCCUUUAUAGUAAGAAACUAUAAUGCAAACAUAAAUACAUAAUAUACCCAAAGAACUAAAUGAAUUCAUAAAAUUGUAAUUAAACGUGUUGAGUUAACA